GGCUCUCGUGGCUUUAAUCGCCAUUUGGGAGGAGCUGGGGGUCCAAACUGCCAAUGCGAGAUUCUGAACCAUACCUUUUCCGCACGCGAUGAGAGUCAUAUACCACCCGUCAUGCAUGUUGAAAGCGCUUGUCUCUUUCGUUGAUUCGCCUGUGGCAGAUAUCCGAGUCUGUUGGCUGUGGCGGGCCUUUUUCUUGACAAUAUUUUACGAUCCACGAGGAGGGAACCCAGUCCUUGCGAACCUCACUUCCCUAUCCCUAUCACUGGUCAGUCUGCUGUAGCCAACUUCUAGGGCAAAUCCCGGUCUACCCCCAUCAAGAGUCCUUUGUUGAAUCUGACCGUCCUUUUCAUUUCUCUUCCAUUUCUGAUCUGGACGGCGGACGGCUGACAAUCCUCUCCACUCCCUCCUGCACGAUCGAACGGGUCGUCCUGAAUCGUGGCCUCUUGGUGUGAUUGCUUUUGUUGAUCUAUCAACAUCGACUUGGGGAUCACCUCCAAUUCAGCUCCUCCAGCAAUAUCCAGUCUGCCUUAGCAUUCAGUGCGACGUGGGUAGAUCGUUCCACGACUCUUUUCUCCGAUGCGUGGUAGAUAGUACCGCGGGCCAUAUUUGUGCGGUGCGACUGAUCUCGGAUUUCACGAGGCUUUGAUCUCUGUGACUUACAAUUGAGAAUCCUGUUGGCAGGCCUGAUCGAGGCCGCAGCCAAAACCAGCGCUGAAACCCAUCAAUCACUUUGCGACAAGUCAACUCGGCUGUGAUGUCGACCCAUGCUCCACGAUACCAGUGAUGUUGCUAGUCUGCCUCGCUCAACAGCUCGACGAGUACAGUGGUGGAAGACGAGAGACUAGAAGCAAUCAUUGCCUAGCCUUGGUUUCGCGCAGGUAGUGCUCGUCUGUCAGCCCAAAGAGAUGCAAGAGGGAGGGAAUAAUUUUGGGUUUUACGCAGAGGGACGUGGUUCUGCGCAAGACCAGUUUGGCUCGGAGGUUGAACAAUUCAACAUGCCUGGUUUGAUCCAAAGCGGUAACUCAUCGCCCAAUGUUCGCGAUAUGGUGGCAGAAGGGCCACCCCCGUCGCCUGCCGACAAGAAGAGAAACAAACUGGGGUAUCAUCGCACGGCUGUCGCAUGCGUCCAUUGUCGACGGCGCAAGAUUCGCUGCAUGUCUGAUUACAAUGACCCAACAGGUCGAUGCCAAAAUUGCAUUCGCCUGAAAAAGGAGUGUGUUUUCUUGCCGAUUGACCCGCAAAAUCCGCCGACCGCGAAACGGCCACGCUCAGGGGCGAAAGCGACGGAUGGCUUGGUGAACGAGGGAGAGGCAUCAGUCUCAUCGUCCUCCCCUGGGGGUAUCUUAAGGAGCAGCUCCAUGGAACAAAUAAAUUAUGCGAGAGGUUCUGUGGACACUCCUCCCAUGUCCAACGAGAGUCCCGGGUUCCCAGGUUUUCAUCCAGGUUCCAGAUCCAUGUCUGCCCAUGGCUUCGAUUUCGCGCAUGGAUAUGAUCCUAAUCAGCAGCAGCGCCAACAGCAACAAGCAUUCGUUCCAUCUCCCUACUCACCGAGGAACUUUGACGUGGAUUCGAUCAAUCCUCAAUUCUAUCAGCAGCAUCAGCAUCCGUAUGGACAUUCAGUACCCACGCCAUAUUCAUCAACAUUUGCACCGAGUUCCUUACCUUCUACCAUGACAACAAUGUCCCAAGAUCAGGCUUAUCCUUACCAGACAGCGGCUCCAAACGGUGCCUAUGGCUGGGCAAACCAUCCCACGAGAUCGAUGUCGUCGGACCAAACUGACGAAUUAUCAUCUGGCUUCCCAACCCCCUACCGAACAAACACGUACCCGUCUUUCGAAAGAGGGAUGACAGGCCAGAUGCAGCAACUACCGCCGACCAGUUCGAGCCUGGUGCCCAUGGGCACUGAAAGUCAACACCCUCCAACGCAUCCGAAUUUUCGGGAACACACCUCGUAUCAAACCAUGCAAACCAGAGUGCAACAGGGAUGGACGGCGGGGAACCCUGGUGCAAUACAGCAAUUGCCUGCAUCCGUUGACAGCUCUUACUCCCAAGGCUGGUAUCAGCCUCAUCCAGGGGUAGCGAACAUGCAACAAGAGGAGGAACACCCUCAUAUACUACCGUCGCAAAAUCGCAAUCCGCGAGAAAGUCAGCAUAAGCCAGGCUGAAGCUGACUAGUUGUAUCGAUCACAAUCACCCUUCGCUCCGUCGCCACAAGCAAUCCCAGCCCAAUCGCCAGCAGCAGUUGGUGCCUGAGCUUUAAUACUCAGGGAGCUCGACUCGCACCGGUCAUAUCUGAAAAGAUUUAGGUGGAUGUGUGUUCUGGAAGUGGUUGUUCGCAUUGGCUGCAGACGUGGAUCAUAUUCCUGAGGGGCGGUAUGCGCUCGUUGAGCAGUGAACCAAAUGGGAACGAUUCAUGCGGGAAAUUGCCUGGGUCUUUGAUCCUGACCCGCUCUGGGACGAACCAGCUUUGGUUGUGCAGGAUUCAUUGAGUACCUCGCUCCGGCGCACCAGAAGUGUCCAGAGGAGAAGGAGCUAAGAGGUAAAGGGCAGAUAUACCUUUGGCACAUCGAACACCAAGAGGAGUUUCGGGCUUUGUUGAAAGGGCCGGAUAGAACAAGUUGAGUUCUGAGUUUCGGGCCCAGGGCGUUUAGAGAGACCCAAUCUCUUGCCAGCAUCAAGCCACGCGCUGUGUUGAGUUCUUCCUCUGUUUUCACCACAGUCUGUCUCAGAUUGGCCUGAAUGAUGACGGUGCUUCAGUUCAGGAAGAUCUAGCUGCGAGGACUCGAAUCUUGUACACUGUUUUACUGCCAUCCUCGGCAAUGCAACAGAUGUGCUUGACCCCCUCUUCCACGUUGUUCGACGCAUUGUCUGCCAGUCUCCCGCAUAACAUCAAAUCAGAUUCACCGGGUCGUGCGGUCGAAAACUCUUUCAAAAUAUGAGGAACACUGGCGAGAGAUUGUAUGAAUUGUUAGCUGCAAAUGCCUCAGGGGGUCGGUUGGAGGACAGUGCAAUCUACUGCGACCGCAAUCCGACCAAGCAAUUUUGGCGCCAAACGGGCGCUUAGGGAUUUUAGAUACGCAACAAACGUGCUGAGGCCGUGCUGAGACCAUGCUGAAGUGUGACCUCCGUGGUGCCAGCUGGUUUCCGUGGCGCACCAUCACCUCAAAGGUGGCGAAGAACCACAUUCCGGCAAGCAAGAAGGCUGCGCGCACCGUCACUGUUUGGAAUGCCAGCCCUGACGCAUGGUGAUUUAUGUUAUUAGCCAUCGAAUGCUGAAAGUGUCGAAAAGCGGGAUGUACUUGUCUGGGGAUGUCUUGGACAAGAUCGAUUCCCUUCUCUACGGGGUGAACAGCGAGUCCUUCUUGUGGCCUGAACCGCAUCUCAGUCAGGUGCCUCUGGCGCCGCCGGUGCAGUCAGAUGUCCACCAAUCUACUCAGGGCUCUGGCUCGAAUGACUUGCAUGCAGCUGCACAUGGGACAGGUCUCAGCGUUAGGCGACACGGCGCAAAGAGCUGUCAAGCUUUGGGAGGGUUUCCCUUGCGGCUGCGGAAUGAAUUGGUUUUAGGAGCACAGGCGCCCGUGGUUACACAAGCAAAUUCCCAUCGGGAGACGGUUGUGUGUCUAUCCGAAGAUAAAGGGAAACCAGGAUACUGCGCAGGUCAGAGAGGGCGAGAGAAAUUUGGAGUGAGUUGAAUUGCUCAUUUCGCCUGUGGGCGGUGCCAACAAAGAUUCGCCUCGCGUGAAAAACAGAAUGAAGAGUGUCAAUCACGUGCCAUCCUGCCUGGUUCAGGCUCCCUUCUGUCCCUCGUUCGCUUGAAAUGGCUUCCUCCCAACUGUCAAGACUUCCAAAGAACCUGCCACUGAUCAUCCAUCUGAAAACCAAACCACCAUGGCUGCUUUGUGAGGGUACUUUCUCAGACAAAAACUCGACCAGUGGAUUUGACAUAAUGAGCUUGAUGGAGCAAGACCUGGGUUCACUCUAUGGGCGAGGCCAUGGCCAAAGAAAGAGAGACAAAGGGGCAUUGCCCCGACUGAAAGCCGACUUCACAAUGGCAACAGAUCCUUUGUUUGGGCAAAGGCAGUAGUGCCAGGCAUUGAAACCAUGACAGCACUUCUACUUGGGUUGUCAACCAUCCGGUCUACAAUUUCGCGGGUUCUGUUUUGAGACAACUCUACUAUUGACCAAACAUCUUUGGAUAAGAAAGCCACCGUUAUUCUCAAAUCAUCCUCAGCAUAUAGGCGGCUCUUGGUCACCAAUUUCUCGACUUCGAUCCAUCAACAGCAUCAAGGUCAAGCCAUCUCGAGAAUGGCACCACCUCCGACAGAGCCAGUACACGAUGAAUCAAUGAAGGACCGGCUGUCAUCUCUUCCUGGUGAGCUUCAACUCCAGAUUUCCAAGCAUCUCAACUAUUUUGAUCUUUGUUGCAUACGCGGAGCAUCGCGGACGUUGAGCCGUUGCUUCGCUGACCCUGCAACUCGGCUGGCUGACGAGAUGUCCAGGGCUUGGAUCGAAAUCGGGAACCAGUUUCGGGACCGCUACUACGUUGAUAUGAACAUGUCGCUCCUGGGCGCGGACAUAAACGGAAAAACCACUGUACAGCGGGUGGAGGAACAUGCAACGGGGCGAGGCUUCUCGAAGACGCUAGUUCGAUGGCUUGCGCACCCCCGUCACUACCACUUCUCUUGUUCCAGAUGUCGUGUCGUCAAACCUUGGACGGAGUUUCCAACCGACACCCUGCGUCGUACAUAUCCUUUCAGACCAUAUGUGGAGCCGUUGGCGACCCAGCAAGACUACAAAGAAGUACUGGAAUCUAUGAUAUGUGGAGAGUGUACUGCUGUGGACCAGCCUCACACGUAUCAUCCCCUUGGGCUCAGGGACAGCAGGAGUUGGGUCAUUCAAUGUCACAGAUGCCUCACCGUCCAGCGGGCGCCCGAGAAUCUGUCGUUCAGGCUUCGUUUCUCAGGAUUCUGUCCGCAGUGUUUUGCGGAGGUAAAUCAGGACUGGUUCAGGUAUAAGAAUUUCUUGCAGGACUGUCUGGCGAGAAUGGAAACUUACGAAAAGGGGGAAGAUCUGGAGUCGCUGUCAUGGGGAGGAUUGCCCGAAUGCUCUGUGCCUGCUGAAUAUGUUGUCGCGCUGAACAACCCGGACUAUCGACCUCUGCCGACUUACUCACAGAUCGUCAAUGCCCAACUCUCUUUCAGAGCAGCCAGAAUUCGGCGUCGGGAGCUUGCAAGAAGAUAGUGUGCUUCAGGUCUCACCGGACCAGAUUACAAGGCUAUGAUAAUUUUCUGGCUACGGCCAUAGCACAAAACGAUGCAUGAUUGGACUGGCACAUGCAUCACACCUAUCUUCCUUCUGGUUACAGAAUCCGGUGCAAGAGGAAAGUCUUUGAGGUUCGCAAAGACGACUGGACGUCAUGCACUCCUUCAUCUUCUUCUGACCAAAUACCGUUUCCAUUCCGAGCCGCAAGGACGAGCCCAAUUCUUAUCCCUUCAAGCUUUGCCUUUGCGAAAAGAUUGCAGACGGGCAUCGUCCACCAUUCUCGCUUGGUGGGCGCCGAGCUGGACUUGGCCAUAGACUUGUUUGCAAGUAUUGAACAACCCGGAUGUUAUAUCGUUGGCACAAGAAGAUGAUUUGUGGUGGAAUGCGAGGGGCCAUGAAUGUUUCCAGGACUACCCCCGUGUAGCGAGCGAUCACUAAGUAGCACAACGAAAAUCCUCCUGUCCGGAGAGAUCAUUUUCAUCGGAACGCAAGAAGCC